GUGGAAAUACCAGAAGCAGUUAAUUUAUUGCCAAAAUUAUCUAAUUUACAACUUGCUGAGAACAAAAUACAUUCAUUGCCGGAGUUCAUGAAAAUGCGGACAACAGUUCUUACUGAUUAUGGAGAUGUCGGUGCAGAAUUGGAAGUAGAUAAGACUAAGAAGACUACUCUAAGCAAAGUAAAUUUAAGAGCCAAUCAGUUAAAAGGAUGCAUCAUUUUGGGAAACUAUGGCAAUCUCACACAUUUGGAUGUCAGCGAAAAUAAGAUUGAAAAUUUAGAUUUAAGUGCGUUGGAUAAGCUGGAAGUAUUACAUUGCUCAAGAAAUAAGCUUGUAGAAUUAUCUUUAAAUGGAAAAUCACUAUCAUCUAUUAUUGCUGGAAAUAAUGAACUGAAGAAAAUCAACAUAAAUCCCUCACCAAUCAAUUUACAACAUAUCGAUUUAUCCCAUAAUUCAUUGGGCCAUCUACCAGCCUGGUUGAGUCGUUGUUCGAAUUUACGAAGUUUAUUUGCAAGUCAUAAUUUAUUAGCAAGUCUACCAGAACAUUUAUUUUCUAAUGAACAAUCAAGUUUAAGGACGUUACAGUUAGGGUAUAAUAAACUUACAUCGUUACCACCAUUGCCACGGCAAUUAUACAUACAAGAAUUGUUUUUACAACAUAACAGUCUUGGCUCUUUGCCUGAUAACUUUUUCAUUGCAUUUAAUCAAAUUUGUGUAUUAAAUUUAUCAAAUAAUCGGCUAUGCCAGUUGCCAUUUAUGAAUAUACGCUGCAUGUCACUCGAGAAAUUAUAUUUAACAGCCAAUUGUUUAAACGAUGAAUCUUUGGCAAUGUUACGGAAGUGUAACAAUUUGAAAGUGUUACAUGCCGCUUACAAUUGUUUUAACAAUUUACCUGAAAGCUGUGUACAAAACUGGAGUCAAAUUGAAGAAUUAGUAUUGUCAGGCAAUUCCAUACAAAGUAUACCAGACAAUAUUACAUUGUUAUCCAACUUAACGACUUUGCGAUUACAUUCGAAUAAUUUACAAAAUUGUCCAAUGCUAGCAAAGCUACCAUCUUUGAAAGUUUUAGACCUUGCACAUAAUCAAUUAGAUCGAAUUAAUCUGGAUACAUUAGUACCACAACAAUUACAAUUUUUGGAUUUAUCAUGUAAUUCCAAAUUACAUGUGGAUUCCGAUCAAUUUCAUAACUAUCGAACCCAACGUCCUAUGAGUUUAGUUGAUGUUUCUGGACAAAAUCGUACAAGUCUACCAUCAACACCAAAGCCAUUUUUUGAAGGUGGGGGUGAUUCAAUUUUGGAACCACCGUGGAAAGUUGGAUUUUCAGAAACUGCUGGCAAUAAAGCUAAAUUAUACAUUUCACAAUUAAGAUUGCCAUUAUUUUGUAAUACAGAAGGUUUAUUUGGAAUUUUUGAUGGUGAAAAUAAUAAUUCGAUUCCACAUGUUCUCGAGAAAACAAUUCCCAGGAUUUUAUUAGAAGAACGUACAAUGAAAGAAACGGCUGGUGAAUACAUGAAGUAUACAAUGUUAUCAGCUCAUCGUGAGUUACGAGAAAAAGGACAAAAGCACGGAGUUUGUGCAACAGUAGUACAUAUUUCUCGAACUAAAGCCACAUCAGAAACAUUUAUUCCUAGUGCACGACGAUUUGUUUUACGAGUGGCUAGUGUUGGAUUAGCAAAAGUUGUAUUAUAUCGUCGAACUGGAGCUGUUUGUUUAACUCCAACUUCACCCAAACGUCAACUUGGUUAUAGUUCACAGUUUCCUUUGGUUGUUCCUGACCCAGAAGUAGCAGAAAUUAAUUUAGACGAAGAUGACGAAUUUAUAAUUAUAGCAAAUAAGCAUAUCUGGGAAGUAAUAAGUAUUGAAACUGCUGCAGAGGAAGUUCGAGCACAAAGUAAUGCAAUUCUAGCGGCAAAACGAUUACAAGAUUUAGCCCAAAGCUAUGGUGCUGAAGAAAAUUUGAGUGUGAUAGUGGUGCGUUUUCAAUUAGCUGGAUCUGGUGUCGAUCAAUUAAUGCGGGAACUUCGUCACACAAUUAGAAGAAAUAAACAUGCGUGUGAAGUUGUGAAUUGUGAAACGGAUAUUUGUCAAUGUAGUUGUUGUUGUGAUCCCCAAAGAAUAGCUUGUGUACACUGUGCACAAAUACCACCUUCUAAACGUAGCAGUAGUGGUGAUCGAUCAUCACCAAGUGGGCAAAGUGAUCAAGCUUCAAGUGAAUUAACAGUUUCGUCUAAAUCAGUACAAAGAUUAAAUAAUACAAAUACAAUAUUAAACCGAUCAAAUUUCGAAAUGGCACCAAGAAAAUUAUCAUCGGAACGACGUAGUUAUCGGGGAGUUGCCAAAGCUGUACGUGCACGAGUUAUUGAAGAAAAGGAACGUCCAAAUAGCUAUAAUCGAGACAAUCAGGAUCAAAGUGAUUCAGGUUUACCAGAUGAACAAUAUAAAUGCUGGGAAUACAUGUUGGAACAAAAUACUCAACUUCUAUUUGAUAAGGAAUUAAAUACAUUGUCGCGUGGUUUUAAACGUAACCCCAGAGGUCGUUUAUCGAACAUUUCAUUAUCAAGAAGCAGUCCACAUUUGGCUAGUGAUGCUGGUGGUUGUACAGGCUCUAUUGCACCUUUUUUAUCUAAACAUUUUGGCAGUGCUAGAUCUUUUAAUCCAUUAGUGACAAAAUCACAAACACGUAUUGGUACCUAUUUAAAUGGCGGUCCUCAUGCCGCAUAUUUUGGCAGUUUACAAAGAUUAAUGCCCUACAAUUUAGAAUAUGAUUUUGCUGUUAUGCAAGAACGUGGAGCUAAUCUUGAUUCGUUAGAUUAUGACAGUCGAAUGCAGCAAUACUGGGGAGUUGCUACCACCGAAUUAUAAAUUAAGUUUUAUGACAU